UUUAUGUGGGUGUUCACCAUGUUUCCCUCUCUUCUUGAAGCGCCGCACGAAGACGACGAAGCCGCUGCAGAGGACGAGGCCUGCGAGCAACAAGAUGGAGAAGAAGAGACAGAGGAGGGAGAAGAGGAGGAGGCCAAACCCAAGUUCAAGCCAUUCAUCAUGCCGAACCUCAUUCCUCCUAAGAUCCCCGAUGGAGAGAGGGUGGAUUUUGAUGACAUACAUCGUAAGCGGAUGGAAAAGGACCUGAUGGAGCUCCAGACUUUAAUAGAAGUUCACUUUGAAAGCAGAAAGAAAGAAGAGGAAGAGCUCAUUUAUCUCAAGGAGAGAAUUGAGAAGCGACGUGCUGAGAGAGCCGAGCAGCACCGAAUCCGCAGUGAGAGAGACAAAGAACGACAGAAGCGUCUGGAGGAAGAGAAAGCUCGCAAGGAGGAAGAGGAAGCCAAAAGGAGAGCAGAGGAUGAUGCAAAGAAGAAAAAAACUCUUACCAGCCUCCACUUUGGAGGCUACAUGCAGAAACUGACAGAGAAACGGAGUGGUAAGAGGCAGACUGAGAGAGAGAAGAAGAAAAUCCUAAGUGAGAGACGCAAAUCUCUGGACAUUGAGGACAUGAGUCAGGAAAGCCUUAAGGUGAAGGCUAAGGAGCUGUGGGACUGGAUGUUUGAGCUGGAGGCGGAGAAGUUUGACCUGCGGUAUCAGUUCACUAGGCAAAAAUAUGAGAUCAAUGUGUUGAGGAAUCGUGUCAGUGACCAUCAGAAAACGUCGAAGAGAACCAAGAGAGGCCUGAGGAAGUAGAUGCCAGCGAUUCAGAGCGUGCACUAUCCUCCUGUUAUUGUCAGACAAAUCUCACAACGGUGUUUUCCAUUUAAUCCCAGUCUUUAAAAGAUACUUAUGUUACAUCCAAGAGUGUAAAUAAAACCACCACAGUUAAA